AUGACCACCACACUCACCUCCCUCCCGCGCGAGCUCCGCCAAAACAUCCUCCUCUCCGCCGUCCAGCAAGAAACCCACCUAACCAUCAACACCCCAUGGCCCCAAACCAUCACCUCGCUCCUCGCCGCGUGCAAGCUCCUCCGCGCCGACAUGCCCUGGGUCCUCAACGCCUGGUCACCCCUGCGCGUGCUGCAGCACCCUCGCGACGUAGCCGCCGCCGCCGCGACACCACUGAUCACCAUCGACGGCGUCGCCUGCAACAACCCGUCAUGCCAGGGCCCCCUCUGCCUCUGCCUCCGCCUCUACCACGACGUCGAGCUGCGCGACCUCUGGGCAGACGGCUACGGCCUGGACGCCGCGCUGGUGGAUGCGUGGCACGACGCGGUCGCGGGGCUGCCACUGCCAGUACGGGUCAAUACGCAGAGUGGUACUAACGACAGCGACGAUGACGUCGACGCAAGGACGACAUCAACAACAUCGACGACGACGCCGCCGCCGCCAACUGUCAUUCUCCUCGACGUCACCCCCGCCCCGGGCUGGAUGCGCGCCGCCGGCCACGCGAACCAGCUGAACGCGCUGCUGCAGGACACGCGGACGGCGCGGCGCUUCCUGGAUGCGCAGGCGUUGGACGUCGCGCGGCUGGUGCGGCGCAUCUACGAGCAUUACGGCGGUGGCGGCGGCGGCAGCAGCAAAGGAGGAAGGGGUGGAGCGGUCGAGGUCAAACUCACGGGCAAGUUGGCGCGGCGGUCGGGCGCGUUCGUGGCGAAGGUGGACGAGGGGGGCGGGGUGCGGGUGGAGUUUGUGGGCGAGUACGUCGAGGGCGCGGAGGCGGGGGUGGGGCAGCUGGAGCGCGCGGUGAGGGCGCUGGCGCCGAAGAAGCGGGGGACGGUGGGGGACUGUGCGAGGGCGGUGAGGCUGGCGCGGCUGAGGCGGGUGGAGUGGUCGAAGAGGUCGGCGAAGCUGGUUGAUAGGGCUUGUGAUGGGGGCGGGGUGGAGGGGGUGAGGGAGACGUUGGGGGAGAUGGCGGAGCUGAUGGUCGACGAGCGCAGGGACAGGCUGGAGAUGGCGCCGUCGGGGAACUUGCAUCGCGCUAUGGUGCAUAGUCUGGCUCAGGAUAUGGGGAUGCUGACGGGGUCGGAAGGGGAGGGGGAGGGCCGGUUUGUCGUCGUCACUAAGAAGCCGGCUUUGUGA